GGAGUGGGAGCUGCUUGUUCGAUGGCAUAAGUAACAUUUGAGACGCGGGGUCUGGCAUUUGAGGGUGUUGAAUAGAAUACGUCAUCUUCACCAAGUAUCAAUCACCGUUGUUGGUGCUGUUGGAUGUAGACCACGGAUGGUGUACGCGCAGCCUGACGCUGCUUAGUCAAUGACGCUCAUGGGCCUCAAAGCUUCACACUUCAUCUCGUCAACCUCCAUCGAUCCCCAUCCACAUCUCACCACAUUACGCACCAAACUCACCAACACACCCAUCAUGCGACCCCUCCACAUAGCCCCCAAACUCCGCCCCCUCCUCCUAACCCCGCGCACAACCCCCCUCCACCUCCGACUCGCAUCAACCACUCCACCCACACAAAAAGUCCAAACACCACUCCAAUCGCAAAACAAAUCCGCCCUCUUCCCCGAAGGAGGCGCACAACCACCCGAAUCACAAUACCAAUCAGUCCAAACACCACUCCAAUCACAAUCGCCAUCAGUCCAGACACCAUUCCAAACACAAGCGCCCCCGAGACCGGUGCGCCAGACUGCGGACGCGUGGGUGUUUUGGGCGGGCGGGCUUUCUGCUGUUCUUGGGGGGGUGUAUGUGUAUUAUUAUUAUUUGUAUCGCAAGGAGCAUAUGGAGAAGAAGUGGGCGCGGAUGGUGCAGGAGGCGCAGGAGAAGAGGACUGCUGCUGGUGGGAAGGGCGCUUGAGAUGAAGAUCUAGGGUGUUGGGGCAAGAGAUGGAUUUGGAGAAUGAGCUGUACAGGGGACAUCUAGUCUCGAAUCAGGAGAUGAGCCGUGUGUCUCGUAUGUGGACGGACUGCGUAUCGCACGAUAUGCAAGCUACAAGAUGGCGUUCGGUCACACCACCGAGCUCGCCGCAACGAUAUCGCAAUAUCGACCCGGACCUGCGAGCGG